ACACUGCCCUUGUUACACAUAAAGGCAAGAUCUCUUCCAAUUUCGUGUACAUGUCUGCAGUGUGCGCUUUCGUGGCCCAAGGUUUAUUAAACCUCUGGUCUGACCUCGCCAGAGCCUAGCACGGCCAAUGAUAAGUGCAACUAAUCACUCUUCCUUCCAUGUAUACAGGGUUGGGGGUCUGCUUGGUGAUGACAAGGUAAUCAAGGCAGAUGAUCGAGCCACAAUUUUAUACUAUCUUAGAGGGUCUCGUACCUCCAAUCAAUGGCAAUUCGGGUUGCAUGCAGGCGGCCAGACUGGAAUCGCCGUUUGCCAUGUCAGUUCGCCUUGCCUUGCUCAAUGUACAACGGACUAUGCACCUGGACACAUCGUCAUCACCAUGCUUUCCACUCCCCGACAGGCUCAGUUUCAACUACCAAGCAGGGGGGACCGCUCCUUCAAGGGGCCCGAUGGCCGGACAUACCGCUGGAAGUCGAACGCUGGCUUGCUACGCAACGAGAUGCAGUGUUCAGAUACGAAGGGAGUUGUUGUGGCGACAUAUCGCAUAACAAUGAUGGCCGUGUCAAAGGACGGAGAGCUCCGCAUUAAUCCACCUGGCCGAUUUAUGGUAGAUUUCCUCGUCGCCACUGCGCUUGCAAUGCGAACUCCAAACUUUUGACUUGAGUUUGCAGC